GCUUUCUGGGACACGUUUUAAAAUCAGUCGUGGGAGCAGCAAUGUUGAAGUUUCACUUGGAUUUCAAACAGGAAGGACCGGAGCAUCACAAAAGACGAUUUCUCGCUACAACCUGCAGUUUCGGAAGAGCCUGAAUAAUGUGUGGGAUUUUUGCCUACCUGAAUUACCGAGUGCCACGGACCAGGAAGGAGAUAUUCGAGACACUGGUUAAAGGACUUCAGAGACUUGAGUACAGAGGUUAUGAUUCAGCAGGCAUUGCAGUGGACGGCCCACAGAAAGAGGCGAAGGAUGACAACAAUAACAUGUGCCUGAUCAAGAAGAAGGGGAAGGUGAAGGCGCUGGAUGAAGAGCUGUACAAGAAGGACUUCCUGGACCUGGACGAGGUGUUUGAGACCCACUUUGGCAUUGCUCACACCCGCUGGGCGACACACGGCGAACCCAGCCCCGUCAACAGCCACCCGCACCGCUCCGACAAGAACAACGAAUUUGUCGUCAUCCACAAUGGAAUCAUCACCAACUACAAGGAGCUGAGGAAGUAUCUGAGCUCCAAAGGGUACGAGUUUGAGUCGGAGACAGACACGGAGGUCAUUCCAAAGCUCAUCAAGUACCUGUACGACAACCGGGAGAGUGAGCAUGUGUCCUUCGCAACGCUGGUGGAGCGCGUCAUUCAGCAGCUGGAGGGAGCCUUCGCCCUGGUCUUCAAAAGCACACGCUUCCCAGGCGAAGCUGUGGCCGCCAGGAGGGGCAGCCCUCUUCUCAUCGGGGUACGGAGCGAGUUUGAGUUGUCCACAGAGCAGAUCCCCAUCCAGUACAACAGCGCUCCCUGCUACUCUAUCAUGCCUGACUCCGCCCCCAAGGCCACACCCACCACUGACAAUCAGGGCGUGGCAGGCCACCAUUCGGACGGCGUGCAGGUGAGGAACCGGCAGAAUCGGAAGGAGAGCGCUAUGGCUCUGCACUCGGUGGGGGAUGGGAAGGCCGUGGAGUACUACUUCGCCUCCGACGCCAGCGCCAUCAUCGAGCACACCAACAAGGUGAUCUACAUGGAGGACGACGACAUCGCGGCGCUGAGGGAGGGGAAGCUGUCGCUGCACCGCGUCAGCCGCGUGGCGGGGGAGGAGCCAGUGCGCGCCAUCCAGACCCUGCAGAUGGAGCUGCAGCAGAUCAUGAAAGGGAACUUCCAGGCCUUCAUGCAGAAGGAGAUCUUCGAGCAGCCGGAGUCCGUCUUCAACACCAUGAGGGGGAGGAUCUGCUUCGACGCCAACACAGUCAUCCUGGGGGGGCUGAAGGAUCACCUGAAGGAGAUAAAACGCUGCCGGCGUCUGAUCAUCAUUGGCUGCGGGACGAGCUUCCACGCUGGAGUGGCGACGCGGCAGAUCUUGGAGGAGCUGACGGAGCUGCCCGUGAUGGUGGAGCUGGCCAGCGACUUCCUGGACCGCAACACGCCCGUCUUCAGGGACGACGUCUGCUUUUUCAUCAGCCAAUCAGGAGAGACGGCAGACACCCUCAUGGCACUGCGCUACUGUAAGGACAACGGGGCGCUGACGGUGGGCGUGACCAACACCGUGGGCAGCUCCAUCUGCCGCGAGACCGUCUGCGGCGUCCACAUCAACGCCGGGCCCGAGAUCGGCGUGGCCAGCACUAAGGCAUACACCAGCCAGUUUGUGUCUCUGGUCAUGUUUGCCCUGAUGAUGAGUGAGGACAGGCUGUCCCUGCAGAAGAGGAGGCUGGAAAUUAUCGACGGCCUCAAGGUGCUGCCAGAGCUCCUAAAGCAGGUUCUGGCGCUGGAUGAGAAGAUCAGGAGCAUCGCGGACGAGCUCUACCAGCAGAGGUCACUGUUAGUGAUGGGGCGCGGUUUCAAUUACGCCACAUGCCUGGAGGGGGCGCUGAAAAUAAAGGAGAUCACCUACAUGCACUCGGAGGGCAUCCUGGCGGGCGAGCUGAAGCACGGCCCCCUGGCGCUGGUGGACAAGCAGAUGCCCGUCAUCAUGCUGAUCAUGCGGGACGCCUGCUACACCAAGUGCCACAACGCUCUGCAGCAGGUGACCGCCAGACAGGGCCGGCCCAUCAUCAUCUGCUGCCAAAACGACCCGGAGAUCACCAGCAACGCGUACAAGACCAUCGAGCUGCCGCAGACGGUGGACUGCCUGCAGGGCAUCCUCAGCGUGGUCCCCCUGCAGCUGCUGUCCUUCCACCUGGCCGUGCUGCGCGGAUUCGACGUGGACUGCCCCAGGAACCUGGCCAAGUCAGUGACAGUGGAGUAGUCUCCCACAGCAACCAUCUCCCACGGCAACCGGCAGAUUGUUGGAGGAGGAAACCUGCAUUCCAAAGUGCAAUCUUGUGUGUGAGUGUGUGGGUGCGUGUCUGCGUGUGUGUGUGCGUGCAUGUGUGUGUGCGUGCGUAUAAUGACGUAUAUGCACCUAUAUAGUAUGUCACUGAGAGAUACUCCGGGGUAUUGAAUCUGUGCCAUGGACUUCGGUGGGUAGGUUUUGUGCAUCUCAAAAGAAAAUACUGGAAGGUUGAUCCAAUCAGUGCAUCAUCAUCCAUUCUCCUGAAUUUGCAGUCCCUUAUACCAUGCAGCUGAAAUCUCCACCUUGUGCCUCACAAUAAACACUGUGACUUACGUCCUUCCUCGUACACAACCAGGGGGGGGCGGUGUAAAACACGGUGUUUACCUUUUUAUAGUGAAGUGUUUACUGUUGUGCAAUAUUUGCUUUGAGGCAAAACCAAAGAGUCCCAGUGCUGACAAAUUGGUGGAAAAUGUGAAUGUCGGGAAGUAUUUGAGAGGUGAGGCCUCUUGGACCAAUGAUAGGCCUCAAGAAAAGCACUGACCAGUGAAGAGCUUGGGUGUCUGUGUGUUUCCACAUGCUAAUUAAUGAACAUCGGUUGAUAUUGACAGUAUGGAGUUCCGGUUUUCUCUUUGUCAAACGUCAUCUGGAUAACACACACGGCUUGAAGGAACUCAGAUUGGAGAUCAUUCCUUGUCAUUUUGAAACUCCACCGAUUUGAUGUACUUCUCUGUUUGUUUUCUUUUAAUAUCUGAAUUUUAAAAAAAAAUUUUAAGUUUAACAAUUGCCCUUUUUAUUAAAGUGGAUGUUCUUACUUGGAAAGAUAGAUACAUUCCACCAUUGCAACACAUCCCAACAUGCAUUCCCUAUCAAAAUUUUAAAAAAUAUUUUUAGUGUAAUGUUUUUAUAGUAUUUAUGAUUUUUUUUUUUGUAAAGGAAAAAAGGUGUUUGUUCUGUCUGGUUUUGCUCGAAUGGUAAUUAUGUCUCGAUUUUUGUCUUUAUAAAAAUCUUUCCAUUAUUUUCUGCUUCAGUUUGUUAAAACUGUGAGGGGUUCGUGGGCUGCUUAAAUAAUACAGAGAUCAGUUGCCUUAAUGAAGAUUAUAUUUUAUAUAUUUUAUCAUAACUGGGGACUUCAUAAAUCUGUGAAUGUAAAAAAAAUAAAAAUAUUAUCUGAUCAGA